UCCGUCACUAAUCGCGUCCUCGCAAUACAUUCGCUGUAUGAGAGCAAUUAGAAUCAGCAUCGUCUCCCUGCAGUGACUCAGUGAAGCAUCUCUGCUUAUCACGCGCGCACUCUUUCUGCCGUUUCAAUAAUCUCUCCCUUUUUCCCUCCCACACACACGUGCACGCGGGACGUCCGUGCGUCCUCCGGUGCACACGGACUCCGCUUCUGACUUUGGAUUUGCACGACAGCGGUCUGGACGUGGACUUUCUUUCUCCCCCCCUUCCUCUGUGAGAGCAGUGUAUUUGGCUUCAUCUGGCGACACGGGAGCGUCGGAUCCAGUGGAGGGUUUGAUCUGGUGGUGCAGGACACAGCAUCCCUGGCUGCCCUUUGGUUUGGACUUGGGACUUUAGCGCCAUCACCACUCCCAGAAUGGGGACCUCUAAGGAAGCUGCUUGGUGUGGCUGGAUUUCCGUCUCUAAGCGGGUAGUCUGAAGAGAAGUGGGAGACACACACAGUACCGGGAGUCCAGAGGUGGAGUCAGCCAUCGGGACCAAAACCACAACCUUUUUGGCUCAGCACAUCGGGAGCAUGUCAACGCGUGGAGCCUUUCCAUGGAUGUAUCCUGCCAGCCUGCUGAUGGGGAUUGGGCUCGUGUCCAUCUGUGUAGCUGCUGCUCAAGCCCAGCAGCACCCUGUGGUCACGACGAAUUAUGGGAAAUUGCGAGGUGUCAAGGUGACGUUACCGAAUGAGAUCCUGGGACCAGUGGAGCAGUAUUUAGGAAUCCCGUAUGCGCUUGCUCCGUUAGGGGAGCGGAGGUUCCAGGCACCGGAGCCACCCAUGUCCUGGCCGGGCAUUAAGAACGCCACACAGUUUGCCCCGGUUUGUCCUCAGUUCUUAGAGGACCGUUUUUUAAUCAACGAUAUGCUCCCGGUGUGGUUCACGGCCAACUUGGAUACAGUGGUGACUUUCGUGCAGGAGCAGAGUGAGGACUGUCUCUACUUGAACAUCUACGUACCAACAGAGGACGAUAUCCACGACGAAAACGGCUUGAAGCCAGUCAUGGUCUACAUCCACGGCGGCUCUUACAUGGAAGGCACGGGCAACAUGAUCGACGGCAGCAUCCUGGCCAGCUACGGGAACGUCAUAGUCAUCACUAUCAACUAUCGUCUGGGAGUUCUAGGGUUCCUAAGCACUGGAGACCAGGCAGCCAAGGGCAACUACGGUCUGCUGGAUCAGAUCCAAGCUCUCAGGUGGAUCAAAGAAAACAUCCAGGCCUUCAAAGGAGAUCCGAAGCGAGUGACCAUCUUUGGUUCUGGUGCUGGAGCGUCAUGUGUCAGCCUGCUCACGCUCUCGCAUUACUCAGAAGAUCUGUUUCAGAAAGCGAUCAUCCAGAGUGGCACGGCUCUCUCCAGCUGGGCCGUCAACUACCAGCCUGCCAAGUACACGAGGGCCCUAGCUGAGAAGGUCGGCUGCAACAUGCUGGACACCAUCGACCUGGUGGAGUGUCUGCAGAACAAGAACUACAAGGAGCUGAUCGAGCAGUACGUCACACCUGCCAAGUACCACAUUGCCUUCGGCCCAGUGAUUGAUGGAGACGUGAUCCCAGAUGACCCUCAGAUCCUGAUGGAGCAGGGGGAGUUCCUGAACUACGACAUCAUGCUGGGGGUUAAUCAAGGCGAAGGCUUCAAGUUUGUUGACGGUAUUGUGGAUAGUGAGGAUGGAGUGUCUGCCAAUGAUUUCGAUUUUGCUGUUUCCGAUUUUGUGGAUCAUUUAUACGGCUACCCAGAAGGCAAGGAUACCCUUCGUGAGACCAUCAAGUUCAUGUACACAGACUGGGCGGACAAGGAGAACCCCGAGACACGCCGCAAGACACUGGUCGCGCUAUUCACUGACCACCAAUGGGUGGCACCGGCAGUGGCCACGGCUGACCUCCACGCCCAGUAUGGAUCCCCGACCUACUUCUAUGCGUUUUACCAUCACUGCCAGAGUGAAAUGAAGCCCAGCUGGGCCGACUCAGCGCACGGUGAUGAAGUACCCUAUGUGUUUGGGAUUCCUAUGAUUGGCCCAACGGAUCUCUUCAACUGCAACUUUUCCAAGAAUGAUGUGAUGCUGAGCGCCGUGGUCAUGACCUACUGGACAAAUUUUGCUAAGACUGGGGACCCAAACCAGCCAGUUCCACAGGACACCAAGUUCAUCCACACUAAACCCAACCGCUUCGAAGAGGUGGCCUGGACCAAGUACAACCCGAAAGACCAGCUCUAUCUUCACAUUGGCCUGAAACCCAGAGUUCGUGACCACUACCGGGCCACAAAAGUUGCCUUCUGGCUGGAACUAGUUCCUCACCUUCACAACAUCAACGAGUUUUUUCAGUAUGUGUCCACCACGACCAAGAUUCCGCCACAGGACACCACCCCAUACCCUUACACCAAACGCUUCCCUGGCAAAAACAACUGGCCCUCUACCACGCGGCACCCUGGUGUCCCAUCUGCCAACACCAAGCAGACCACUGACCAGCGGAAGAGCAGCGACCUCACCGAUGAGUCUGCGGUGGUGAUCGAGACCAAGCGAGACUACUCCACCGAGCUCAGCGUAACCAUUGCGGUCGGAGCCUCCCUCCUGUUCUUGAACAUAUUAGCCUUUGCCGCGCUCUAUUACAAGAAGGACAAGCGCCGACAUGACUCCAACCGUCGAGUCCCAACACCCCAGCGCAACUCUGGCCCCAGCAACACCCCGUCAACCGCUAACGAUGUUGCACACCUCCAGAGCGAGGAGCUGAUGUCACUACAGAUGAAGCAGCAGCAGCUGGAGCACGAGCACCAUCACGAGUGCGAGUCCAUGCAGUCUCAUGACACGCUUCGCCUCACCUGCCCGCCAGACUACACGCUCACGUUGCGCCGGUCGCCUGAUGACAUACCCCUGAUGACGCCAAGCACCAUUACUAUGAUCCCAAACACGCUGGCUAAUAUGCAGCCUCUGCACAACUUCAAUACUUUUGGUGGUAGCCAAAACAGUACCAACCUGCCCCACGGCCACUCAACCACGCGGGUAUAGCUUUGCCGGACCACCAGCACCACUGACUCAGUGAUGGCAAAGCCACUGACUCAAAGCACAGACUCUAGCCUUUGGUACCUCGCCUUCUUAAAAACACAUACUACAAAUAAAUCUCUUUGCAACGUGAGGGAUGAAUAACUAUGAAUGUUACAAUCGUGAAAAAAAAAAAUGUUUCACCAAACAACAAAACAGGCUACCCGGGGAUGACUGGAGGUGUCCUUUUGGAAAUUUGCAGUUGCAGUCUUUCUGCCACAAUGAGAGCGAUCCUUUUCAUCAGACUCCUGACUCGGGCACAUCAUUCUAAAUCCCAGCCUGAAAUGUAUUUAUGAAAACUUUGUUUAAAAAAACAAAGAGGAAAAAAAUAUAUUGUUGUAUGUGAAGAAAAAAAUGGAAAAUGUACUAUAAAAACUUCUGUUUUUUUCCUUCUCUUUGAGGAGUGUACAUAUAUUUGAUCAUAUUCAUUCUCAUAUGUUUGUUUCGAUUCAUUGUUUGGAUAAUUUGCAGAAUGACCAAAAUGCGAACACAAUCUCAUCAAUGGCGAGUGGCAUCUUGUGCAUCAACGGAUCAUUUGACUUAAUUUCAGUGUUCUUUUGUCUUCACUCUUUAGCCUCUGCAUGUCCAGGAAGAGCUUUUUACUAUCAUGUCAAGUCAACAACUUAGGACUGAAUCUCACCUAGUCUCUUCCUGUCGUUUUUCUUUGCAGGCUUUUUUUUCUGUCUUUCUCUCUCAGCAUUGCCUGAGCUUAAGAUGUGACCAGCAAUGUAUUAAGUAGUAAUUACAAAAAAAAAAAAAAAACAGAAAAAAAUCACACAAAAAAGUGGCAGCAACUUUUAUUUUGUAAGACUCUGAGUUGGAUAUGUUUGUAAAGAAAUAUGUUAGAUAUGAACUGUCAUAUGCUAGCAAUAUGUAAAGUAUUGUGUUGGGCUUGUGAUAUAUUUUGGGUUUCAAAAGCAAGUGAAUGAGUGUAAAUAUUAAUAAUAUUAAUUAUUACCACAGAGAUUCUGAGAUAAUUCUUUUUGUUUUGCAUCCUACAAAAAUAUUAAAAGUACAUCCAAAUGAUCUAAGUUUGUAAAUUUAAAAAAGCAGAUAUAUUCUUGUCAUUUGGUCCGGAGCUGGAUACAAGUUACAUGGAUUUUAAAGCAGACUUCUAAAAUCCUUAUAUUAUCUUAUAAUUGUUUGCAGUUUUGCCUUAAGUGGUUAUAGAGACAUUUCUGGCUGGACAUGUGUAUAAGUUUUUCUGCAGCAUUUUUAACAAAAUAUCACAAUAUUUUCUACAAAAAAAUAAAAAAUAAAAUGAAAUAAAAAUGAGAGAGAAAAAAACAACAGCAAAGGUG